UUUCAGUGUUGCUUGCAUGGUCGGUAUUCGGUAACGAAAAAUCCAUUCAGUAUCAAUUUACGUGUAAUCAGAAAUGCAUUAAACAAGAGAAAAAGAAAUAAGUAAAAAUAUUGUUAAUAGUCGAAACUGAUAAUCAAUUUCAAGUUUAACUAUAUCAAUCCUUUGGUUUAAGAAUACAAAAAAUUAAACAAUUUCUUUAAUUUUAAUUAAAGACAACCUUUAUUAAAAGCAAAGAUUUUAAAAUAAAAAGUUAGUUACAAAAAAAGUGAAGCUGUAAUUUCAAUUUAAUAGCCAAAUUCUUGUAAAAGAAUUUUUUUCUUUUUCCUUCAAAGGGAAAAAGAAAUUGAAACAAAAACUUUAAAUAAAACGAAAACACAGUUCAAAUAAAAAAAAAUUAGGUACUCUAAAAAAAUUAUAAGUUCAAAUUUUUUUACACUUCUGUUUUUUUCUUUUUUUAAUUAAGUUUUGUUUUUCAUUCGAUUAAGUGCAAAUUUAAUAAUACAAAAAAAAAAAUCAAGCAAACAAAACAAACAUAUUUUUUUGUGAUUCAAUGAUUAUUAAUUUUAAGCAUUUAAAAUUAAAACAAAAAAAGAAAACAGAAAGACCUAAAUAUAAAUUCUGUGAAUGUAAAGACAAACAGCGUUUAUUUAAAAACAUUUAAAAAUUUAAGUAAUAUUUAAAAAAAAAAAAGGAAAAACAAGAACAUUGCAUUAUCUCGUGUUAGCAUCCAUCACAAAAUUUAUCAUUUUUUAUAUUAAAAAACGAUAGAUCGUGAUAUUUCAACAGAAUUUCAUAAACUUAUACGUUUAUUAUUAGAAAAAAAAAUCAAAACUUGAUACUUAUUUUGUAAGAAAGUGGUAUUUUUGUAGAAGUGAAAAUACAAAUUUGAAAAUUCAGUCUAAAUAAAAAUUAUUUUCAAAGUUUCUCUAAAAUCCAUUUUACCUUUAAAAACAUUAUAAAAUAAAACAAAGAGUAAAAAAAACAAAAACAUCAAAUUUUAAAAAAGUUGUGUUUAAAUAAAUAAAGCGCCGAAUUUGAAUAUUUUUUUUUUGUAGAAAUCUUAGUUAUUUAUUAUUAAAACUAAAAACAAAAAAAAAAAAAAACUGCAAUACAAAAUUAAACUUAUAAAAAAGAAAAAAUUAUAGUUUUUACAUAUAAUGUCAAUGAUGACGGAAAAUAUGAAUCAUUUAAAUAAUCAUGGAACCCCAAAAAGUUUGGGGACCAACGAUAAGACUGUUAGCCAAACGGCUGUUACCAAUGAUGAUAUCGGCUGGAAGGCAAAACUUAAAAUUCCACCAAAAGAUACUAGACCUAAGACUAGUGAUGUGACAGAUACAAGAGGGAAUGAAUUUGAAGAGUUUUGUUUAAAACGUGAAUUAUUGAUGAGUAUUUUUGAGAAGGGUUGGGAAAAACCGUCGCCAAUUCAGGAAGCUGCUAUUCCAAUAGCACUAAGUGGUAAAGAUAUUUUAGCUAGAGCUAAAAAUGGAACCGGAAAAACUGGUGCUUAUUGUAUUCCCGUAUUAGAACAAAUUGAUCCAUCAAAACAUAUUAUUCAAGCCUUGAUAAUAGUACCAACAAGAGAAUUAGCUUUACAAACUUCACAAAUUUGUAUCGAAUUGGCUAAACAUUUAGAUAUAAGAGUAAUGGUGACGACUGGUGGAACAAAUUUAAAAGAUGAUAUAAUGAGAAUUUAUCAAAAAGUUCAAUUAAUAAUAGCAACACCUGGCCGUAUUUUAGAUUUAAUGGAUAAAAAAGUUGCUGAUAUGUCUCAAUGUAAAAUUCUUGUGUUAGAUGAAGCUGAUAAAUUAUUAUCACAAGAUUUCGAACUCAUGCUGGACCAUGUUAUUAAGAAAUUAGCAAAAGACCCACAAAUAUUACUAUUUUCGGCGACAUUUCCGAAAACGGUGAAGCAUUUUAAAGAGAAACAUUUACGCGAACCAUAUGAAAUAAACUUAAUGGAAGAGUUAACAUUAAAAGGUGUUACACAAUAUUAUGCGUUCGUGCAAGAACGUCAAAAAGUUCAUUGCUUAAAUACAUUAUUUUCAAAAUUGCAAAUAAAUCAAUCUAUAAUAUUUUGUAAUUCAACGCAACGUGUUGAGUUAUUAGCAAAGAAAAUUACUGAAUUGGGUUACUGUUGCUAUUAUAUUCACUCAAGGAUGGCGCAAGCGCACAGAAAUCGAGUUUUUCACGAUUUUCGACAAGGUCUGUGCAGAAAUCUAGUCUGCUCGGAUUUAUUUACACGUGGUAUUGAUGUACAGGCUGUGAAUGUUGUUAUUAAUUUUGAUUUCCCAAGAAUGGCAGAAACUUAUUUACAUCGUAUUGGACGUUCUGGUCGUUUUGGUCACUUAGGUAUUGCUAUUAACUUAAUUACGUAUGAUGAUCGUUUCAACUUACACAGAAUUGAACAUGAAUUGGGUACUGAAAUCAAACCAAUUCCUAAGGUAAUUGAUCCAUCAUUGUAUGUCGCAAAUAUGUCAGCGCCAACGCAAUCUGAUUCAACUAGUGGAUCAUCUGAAAAUAAUACAAAUAGUGGUAGUGGUAAAAAUUCAACGUCUGGUAAUAAUGGAAAUUCAUCUAAUACAGCUAGUAAUAGUAAUGAUCUUAACAAUAGUUCAUCCAACGAAGAGGGGAAUGUAAGCAAGUGAAAAGAAAUCAAUUUUGAAUUAAAAAAAUUAAAUUUUUAUAAAAAAAUCAACGCAAAUCAUUUAAAAAGCUAAAUUCAACCACAACUGAAUAAAUUCAAAAAGAAAAACUAAACAUUAAAAACCAUUUAAAAUUAUAAUUGUAACAAAUAUUUAGAUAAUUAAUAUAUUCAUAGAAAACAAAAGAAAAAAAUCAAAUAUUAAAACUAACAAAUUAAUAGUGAUGUAGGCAAAUAAAAAUAAACAUUGUAAUUUACAAAAAAGUGUGAAUACAAAACAAAAACUUAAAGAAUUUUUUUUUUGUGUAAAAAUGAAUUAAAUAAGAAUGUAUUAAAAUAAAAGAAAGGCGUAAGUCAAGUGUGUUUAAAAUGAAUUGCGCAAACAUAAAUAACAAAAAACUAUUAAGUAAAAGGAGUGUGGAGGAAUAUAAAAUAUAAAAACAAAAUAAAAAAAAUAAACAACCAGUUUUUAGUAUUAAGAAUUUAAACAAUAUUAUUUGAUAGUAAAUUUUAAAAUUGUAACUACAACCGACAGUUGAAUAUGUGAUGACAAAAAGGCUAUCUACAAACAUUGCACAAAUUAUGAAGUCUGCAAGGAAAAUAUGAAAAUUUCAAGAUAAAAUUUCAACCACAUUAUUGAAUAUAGUGAAUGAAUUAAAAUUUGAAUAUCUACAAAAUUAAGAAAACUAAGUACAUAGUAAUUGUAAAAAGAAAUAUAAACUUACAUUAUUGAAGCAUUGAAAAAAAAAAAAAAACAAAAUAAUUGAAAAUUUUAAACACUAAAUAUAUAACAUCAUGUAAAACAAACAAAAUUCAUCAAUUGAAGUUAUUUGUAAUAAUUUUAUGUAUGAAAAUUAGGCAUGAGUCUUAUGAGUGAAAUGUUUGAAUGAAAUAUUAGUUUGAACGAAUGCUAUAUAAAUAUAUUAUGUGUAAUAUUUAAUUACAGAAAGGAAAUAAAUUAAAUAAUUUAAUAAAGAGAGAUAUAUACGCAAUAAUAAAUAAUGUUAUAAUAAUAAUAUAAUAUAAAAAUCAUAACCGUGAUAAAUAAUAGUUUUAAAAAAAUAUGAAAGUAUAAGAUUGUCUUAUUAUAGCAAUUUAUAAAUUAUAAAGUGAUAUUAAUGAAAUAUAUAUAUUUAAUAAGUUGUGUGAAUGAUUAUCUUAAAUAUUAAGUUUUUUUUUAUACCUUCUCAACUUUAUCUUGAAUACCUAAAAUUUUUUUAAAACAAAAUAAAAAAAAUAUCCAAAAAUAAUAAGUAAUAUCUUCCUGCUUACUAUUAUCACUUCAUAUAAUAAUUAACAACCAAAGUUAAUUAAUUUCAUAGUAGAAUCACAUAUAAAUUUGCUAUCAAAAUAUAAAAAAAAGAUCAGGAAAUAUUUGAAAUAUCAACAUUAAAUAUGAUAAUAAAAAUUAUACACGAGAUUUAAAAUAAAAAACAAAAAUAAAAGCAAAUGAACUUUUUCCUUACUAUUUUGUUUAUCAAAAUAAUUAAAAAAUCAAAUAAAAAUUACAAGAAAAAUCAAUAAAAUAUAUAUAAUAUUUUUUUAACGAAAAUGAGGGAAUUUAAAUUUCUUAUUUAAAUAUCUGUAAUUACAUUUUUUUAACCUCAGUUUGUUAAGAAGAAAAAUGAAAAAUACAAAACAUUUCGCAUAUUUUGGACAUAACCAUUUUUCCAAAAUGAAUAAAUUGAAGAAAAUGUUUUGUGAGCAUAAGUAAAAUUGUGCAGUUGAUAUCAAUAACUAAAUAAUUAAAAAGGGGAGGGAGUCAAUAUCGUUUUAAAACUUCAUUUUAUUAUUACUUUUUUAUUAAAAAAAAAAAACAAAAAAAACAACAGAAAUUAACGCAUCCGCUAUUUAAAAUUGAAUUAUUUUUUUAAUAAAUCAUCUAGUUAUAAUAUUUCUUUGAUAUUAGGAGAGCGAAUCUUGGAAAUAUUGAACAAAUUAUAAAAUCUGUUUAAAAAUACAAUAUUGUAGUUAAACAUACAAAACUAUUUAAACAAUAAACGAUAAAAACAUAAAAAAUAACUGCAGAAAAAAAGAAAGCCAUCUUUCCUAUAACACCAUAAAAUAUAAAUGCAAUUUAAAAAUUAAAAUCAACUUUAUUUUAAUUGAUUUCUAAACUUAUUUCUACACAAAUAAUUAAAGUUUCAUUAUUUUCACUGUUCAAACCAUUUCAGCCAAUAAAUAAAUAAAAAAAAAAAAAAACAAAUGCAAAUCGGUAAUGGUUUAUUAUUUUGAAAAUUUUUAACUUUUGCAGUGCCAAUUUCAUUGUACAAAUUUAUUCCAAAUUAAAAAGAAAGUUUUUUAAGGUAUUUUUUUUUUGCCAUAUUUCAAUUUACUUAUAAAAUUUAAUGCAAUUUUAUUAAAAUCGAAAUAAUUUUUUCGUAGCCUAAUCAAAAAAUGUCAUGCUUUGAAUACAUUUUCAAUUAUUUUAUGAAAAUUAAAUUGUCAUUUCCAAUUAUAAAUUACGAAAAUAAUAACUAUGUAAUAUGUAUAACAAGCAAAAUACAUAUUCAAAUAAAAAAAUAAAAGAAAAUUUUAAAUAAAAAUGUUUCAAAUGCUUAUAUUAUCAAUGCCAGUGUUUUUUUUUUUUAUAAUUUUUUCUAUUAUUAAUUAUAUUACAUAUUAUAUUUGUUUUGUCUUUUAGAAAACAAAAUGUUAUAUAUUUUUAGUUGAGUUUUUAUUUUUAAGAUUUAUUUGAAUUAUGUAUUAGGUGACUUAGAAUCUCACAACAUUCAGAUUGAAACCUUAUGAUAUUACGAAUGUAUUGCAACGAAAUUAAAAUUACAUUAAAUAAUAUAAAUGAAAAUAAAUAAUAAAGUUGAUUUGUUUAUUCAAAUAAAUAUAAGUUGAUUCUUUUUUAAUUUUUUUACUUAGAAGAAUUUAAAUUUUUAUCUAGACAAGACUGGUUGGAUGUAUGUUGUAAGGUUUUAUUGGAUACUAUUAUGGUUUAUUCAAUUUCGUUAUAGUAAAACAAUGUAAACAAAAAAAUGUAUAUGUUUCAAAACUUAUUAAAUAUAUUUUAAACCAUUAACUAAAACAAAUUAAAGAUUAUGUAUUUCGGAAGAAGUUAAAUUUUUUACUAAUACCAUUAAAUUUUUUUAUUAAAAUGCUAUUUAAAAUUGUAACUAAGUAACAGGAUUUAAACAUAUACGAUACAUAAUAAAAAAAUCUUAAAUAAUUCAUCAAAACUAACUUGAAUAAAAUAAUGUUACACAACAUAUUUGUUAUGGAUAUGAAAACUGAAUAAACUUGAAAAAAUUAAUUUAAUAAAAGUUACUUAAUAUAUAGUUUAAAUAUAUUUUAAGAAUUCAAUAUUAAAUUAUUGUAAAAAUAAAAAUGUAUUAAAAACAAAGCAAUUGUAA